GCGCAGUAUGUGUAGCAACCGUAGUAAACAAUGAACUUAAAAGUUCGUUAUUGUAGUUAAUACUCGUUUCUUACUCCUUUUAAAAAAUAACACAUUUAAUUAAUAUAAACUUGAUACUGUUAUUUAUUUAGAUAUAUUAUAAAAUGAUGUUAAAUCCUCUUGCUAAUCCAAAAGGAUUAAAACUUCUAUGCGAACUGUGUCAGAAACCAGCAUUCAUUCAGUGUACCCAGUGUCGUGUUACUUAUUACUGUGGAGUGGAACACCAAAAAGCUGAUUGGUUAGGAAUUCAUGAAAAAAUAUGUCUGAGUUUGAUUCCACUCAGACAAACUGUAAGUUUUCUACCUUCGGAGGAAGAACGACAGAAGAGAGAAAAUGAAUUAUUUUUGCAAAAGUGUCACAUGAUAGACUUGACAAGGACAACUGGACAAAAGCUGUUGUUUGAAGGGAAGCAUGAGCAAGCAGUACCAGCUGCCAUGCAGUCACUGAGAUUUGCCAUCGAUGUCCACGGGCUUACCAGCAUUGAACUCGUUCCUUCUUACCUCAUUCUUGGAGAAGCCAGCAUAGGUCUGGGCCGGCUGUCCCAAGCGGAGGAGUACCUGGCUCAAGCCCAGUGGACGGUUCUCAAGACACCGGAGUGUACGAAUGCGAUCAAGUCCAAGCUGUACCGCAACCUCGGCCUGCUGUACGCCGCCAAGGCUGACUACGAGGAGUCACUCCGCCAGCUGGCUGACGAUAUUUACCAUGCAUCUGAAGAGUUUGGAACUGAUGAUAUUCGAACGUCGGGCGGAUAUUUUCACAUGGCCAAUGUGUUUUUCAGACAAGGCAAGAUGGAGAUUGCCGACUCUUUAUACAGACAGGUCACGGAUAUCUGGUAUAACCAUCUGCAGAGAAUUGUGUUAUCAAGAACGAGAACUCCGGAAACCCCGAAAGGUGUUGGUCCAGGGGCAGUGGAAACGCUCUUUGAAGAAGAAGACAGUUUAGAUGAAGCUCAGGAGGCUGAAGCCAUCCAAGUUUUGAAUUCUAUUUAUGAUAUCCGAGAGAAUCAAUCGAACAGAAAAUCCCAGGACUUGGCCAUCGUGUGCCAUGCACUGGGUAUGCUCUACUUCGUGCUGCAAGACAUCAGCCGGGCCAAGGAGUUUGGAAGAAAAGCAGUUGUUGCAAGUGACGGCAGCCCAGACGACAACUUCUCUAGAACAAUAAUUGAGUUUAUGAAAGUCUGUGAGAGGGUCAAGUGAAUGGACUUUCUCAUUAUUUCUUGUUGGAGCUUUUUUAUUAAAGUAUUCAUCUUUAUGGACUUCCAUGCAAGUUUCACCGACCAACAAAAGUUAGCACAAUUAUGUCCACAUGUUGUUCUGCAAGAAGAAAUAUUCAAGAUAAUGUGGAGAAAAUCUACUUUUUCUACUAGUGUUAUGGUUGGUUUAAUCUGUGUAUCAGUAUGUGUACACUUAGCUGUUGACAGGCAGGUUAGAUCAUCAUGGAAUACUAACACAGUGAUUAUUUAACAUCUUUUAAUACAUAUCAAAAAACAAUGGCAGAUGAUCAGAUAUAUUAUUGACAGCAAAAUAAUGUUGAUGGUAGAGUGAAAGACAAGAAAUAAAAAUCCACACAUAUCCACACAUCAACCAAUGGAAAAUAUUUAAUACUUUUGGCAUCAAAAUGCAUUUCUGCUGGCAGAAGAUUUUAGACAAUCAUGUUACAAUGAAGAGUAAGAUUUAUUGUCUAACCAUGUAGUUUUAUCUACAGCUAAAGGCCUCUGAAAAUUGUGUGAACAAUCCUUUAGCAGUGUAUUGCUAGUGCAAGUCUAGUUUAAUUUGCAUAACCAAAUUUUCAUUCCCACAUUAAAAAUAGGAUAACACAAUUUAUAUGGUCCAAAUGGGUUAUGCAAAAUGACAUGGAUUGCCUGAAUUCUUUUGCAUAAUCUCUAAAUAGGUUAUGCAAAUUUUUAAUUCACAGAGGCCUGUGACCACGUACCAUUUUAACUACUUUACAUUUGUAUAAAUUCUUGCCAUCAAUACUGGGCCAUAUCUACCCUAACUUAAUGGGUGGCAAUAUAAAAUGAAAGGCACACUGCCACAGUAAUACAAGCUGUUCUCCAGGUACACAAACAUGGCACUUUUAAAUUACAAAGUCUCUUUAUUAUUAUUCUGGGGUACAACACCCCCACCCCAUUAGCUACAAUCGUUGAGUAACGAAAUGUGCUUUACAGUGUUGAUUUAAGAGGAUUAUAAUCAUAAUAUGUUAAAAACUAAAAUCUCAGAUUUGCUUUUAUUGAAUAAAAUGUUUUAUUUUU